CAUUGACCCGUAUUAAGUCUCUCACCACACCGACCCAAGAGCAAAAAAAAAAACCUCUCUCUCCGUUCUCUUGUUUCUUCGAUUUCCUUCUCUUUUGUCUUCAGUCUUCGCGGCUCGUUUUGGCAGCCAUGGCGAUUCCUUACAUGGAAACCGUCGUGGGUUUUAUGAUAGUGAUGUACAUUUUUGAGACGUAUUUGGAUCUGAGGCAACACACUGCUCUCAAGCUUCCGACUCUCCCAAAAACCUUGGUUGGAGUGAUUAGCCAAGAGAAGUUUGAGAAAUCUCGAGCAUACAGUCUUGACAAAAGCUACUUUCACUUUGUUCAUGAGUUUGUGACUAUUCUUAUGGACUCUGCGAUUUUGUUCUUUGGGAUCUUGCCUUGGUUUUGGAAGAUAUCUGGUGGUUUUCUACCAAUGUUGGGACUCGAUCCAGAGAAUGAAAUACUGCACACUCUUUCAUUCUUGGCUGGUGUUAUGACAUGGUCACAGAUCACUGAUUUGCCAUUUUCGUUGUACUCAACUUUUGUGAUUGAGUCUCGGCAUGGGUUCAACAAACAAACAAUAUGGAUGUUCAUUAGAGACAUGAUCAAAGGAAUGAUUCUCUCUGUCAUACUAGCCCCACCUAUUGUUACCGCGAUAAUUGUUAUAGUUCAGAAAGGAGGUCCUUACCUUGCCAUCUAUCUAUGGGCAUUCAUGUUCAUCCUGUCUCUUGUAAUGAUGACAAUAUACCCAGUUUUGAUUGCACCGCUUUUCAACAAGUUCACUCCUCUUCCAGAUGGAGACCUCCGGGGGAAAAUUGAGAAACUUGCUUCUUCUCUAAAGUUUCCUCUGAAGAAGCUGUUUGUUGUCGAUGGAUCUACGAGGUCAAGCCAUAGCAAUGCUUACAUGUAUGGUUUCUUCAAGAACAAAAGGAUUGUUCUUUAUGACACAUUGAUUCAGCAGUGCAAGAAUGAGGAUGAAAUUGUGGCGGUUAUUGCACACGAGCUUGGACACUGGAAGCUGAAUCACACUACAUACUCGUUCAUUGCAGUUCAACACACUGUAAUUCCACUUCAACAUCUAGUAAGCUUUGGCCUCAACCUUGUUAGUCGAGCAUUUGAGUUUCAGGCUGAUGCUUUUGCAGUGAAUCUUGGUUAUGCAAAAGAUCUCCGUCCUGCUCUAGUGAAGCUACAGGAAGAGAACUUAUCAGCAAUGAACACUGACCCAUUGUACUCAGCUUAUCACUACUCACACCCUCCUCUUGUUGAGAGGCUUCGAGCCAUUGAUGGACAAGACAAGAAGACAGAUUAAGUCGGACAAAUCUUUGUCUGUUGUACGGAUUGAUGACACUUCUACGCUCCCUAUCUUUCGACUGUUAGGUGAAAAGAAUAGAAAAGAAAAACAAAAAAACAAAAAGUGAAAAAAAUAGGCACAGGCCUCUUUUGUCUGUUUUUUACUUUACGAUGGUUUUUUGCAUUAGUUAUAUCAGUUGUCUAUUGAAAAUGGAAUCACCGUCACUGUUAGAUAUGACCAUUUCUGAUCCAACCUACCUGAAUCCUCGACCAUUUUUGGG